UUUUGCUUGGCCCGGUGCCCCGGGUGAGUGGUGAUUUCCCUUAAGGACCAAUGGAAUGGUCUAAUAUCAGUUAACUCCGCUCCCUUGGGGAACCGGGCCAUGCAAAAAUAACUCUGCCAGCGGCUUUGACGAUAUCGUGCUCAGAAGUCAGCUCGUAAUGUGUCGAUGGUUGAUUUCUCUGGUCUUGCUCUAUGACUCUUAAACAUUGCACACGCAAUGGGGUGGGGAGACUUUUUCUGCUGGCUUCCAACAUAGCUAGUGCUAGUUGAUGAAAUAACGAGCAAAGUGCUGAAACUGCACGGCCUCUGGGAUAACUGGUUCCAACAAAGAUUAGAAAUAUGGGCUCCGUUACCCUUUAAACGAAAACAAGAGCCACUUUUUUUGCGAAACUGGCAGUUGUUGACUACGCCGUGGACGAAGACUGGUUUCAUUUAACGGUGUAAUACGUGAGUUAUUUGGAGUUUAAAAUGUGUGAGAUUGUGGGUUUAUCGAAAGCCUCGUUGUCCAGGAGAACAAGAUGGCAGCAUUGCAGGCAGACUGAGCAUGGUAUGGCCUCAAAUGUUGGUCUACCCACCAGAUGUUUAUCAAACACAAACGAGUGCCUUUUGCAGUGUGAAGAAACAGAGUUGAGUUCAACAGCUGUUUUUUUUUUUUAUGAUUGGACCCUGUCGACCUAUAUAAUUGGAAUAAACCUUGGCAUUGCCCAGCCUACCAAUAUCCUCCAUUUAAGACAAACUUCAACAUCUGGUAGACUCCUGAGUGGGCAGGACAUAUCUUUGCAGGCCACUGCAUCCCUGAAAGUAGUACACAGUGAGUUGCUCCAAAAAACACCUCGGACCCAGGACCAGGGUCCCCCCGUCAAGGCAACUGUCCAGAGAAGCCGGCACAGCAGUGGAGCUACAGGGGCAGUCAGACUGGCCAGAGGGGACUGUGGCCAGAGAAGCAGCAGUGAAGGAGGUGAGGAGAUAGAGAGCGAGGGAGGUUUGAACUCAUUGAAAAGCCCCCUGCAAUGUGGGCUGAAACGUCAGGGUGAGCACCCAGAGAACAGUGGGAAAGCCAUGCAGAUAGUGGAGGACGUUUCCAUGAUACCUGCCAUGUUGCAAACUAACAUAGGGAACACGGUGGGGGGAGUGCCCCGCAAACAGAAUGGGGGAGGGACUGGGGCUCGCAAUGUGGUCGGGGAUGGGGACUACCAGUUGGUGCAGCACGAGGUCUUGUGCUCCAUGAAGAACACUUACGAGGUGCUGGAGUUCCUGGGGCGCGGCACCUUCGGACAGGUGGUGAAGUGUUGGAAGCGGGGCACAGGAGAGGUUGUGGCUAUCAAGAUCCUAAAGAACCACCCAUCGUACGCGCGACAGGGCCAGAUAGAGGUGGGCAUCCUUGCCCGUCUGAGUGGCGAGAAUGCAGAUCAGCAUAACCUGGUGCGGGCCUUUGAGUGCUUCCAGCACCGCAGCCACACCUGUCUGGUGUUUGAGAUGCUUGAGCAGAACCUCUAUGACUUCCUCAAGCAGAACAAGUUCAGCCCACUGCCAUUGAAGGUGAUCCGGCCGGUCUUACAGCAGGUGGCCACUGCGCUGAAGAAGCUCAAGAGCCUGGGGCUGAUCCACGCUGAUCUGAAGCCAGAGAACAUCAUGCUGGUGGACCCGGUGCGACAACCUUACCGGGUGAAAGUGAUCGACUUUGGCUCGGCCAGCCACGUGUCCAAAGCUGUGUGUUCCACGUACCUGCAGUCACGCUACUACAGGGCUCCAGAGAUCAUCCUGGGUCUGCCGUUCUGUGAGGCCAUCGACAUGUGGUCCCUGGGCUGUGUCAUCGCUGAGCUCUUUCUGGGCUGGCCCCUCUACCCAGGAGCACUGGAGUAUGACCAGAUUCGCUACAUAUCUCAGACACAAGUGUUGCCGGGGGAGCAACUGCUAAACGCGGGGACCAAGACAUCCCGCUUCUUCUGCAAAGAGUCCGACUCGCCUUAUGCUUCCUGGAGACUGAAGACGACAGAGGAGCAUGAGGCUGAGACGGGGAUGAAAUCCAAAGAGGCCAGGAAGUACAUUUUUAGCAGUCUGGAUGACAUAGCACAUGUGAAUCUGGUGCUGAAUAUGGAUGGCAGUGACUCGCUGGCAGAGAAGGCAGACCGGAUGGAGUUUGUGGGCCUGCUGAAGACCAUGUUGCUGAUUGAUGCUGAGAAGAGGCUUGCUCCCUCAGAUGCCCUCAACCAUCCCUUUGUCACCAUGCAGCACCUUCUUGACUUCCCCCACAGCAAUCAUGUUCAAUCGUGUUUCCACAUCAUGGAUGCCUGUCAAUCACGUCCCAACACUUACGAUACACUCAACCGCAACAAAGCACCGUUCCACAGACCCUCAAACAACUCAGCUGGACUGCCAAUGGCCUUCAAUAAAAUGGGAUCGGUUCACUCCCAGGCUUUGACGCAGGCUUUGACGCAGUCUGCUCCCUCUGUGAUGCAUCCUGGGAUGCUGCAGACUGGAAAUGGUCAGUUUGGGUGUAACGACUCCUUUCAGCCAGCCCUCAUCCUUUGCCCCCCAACCAUGCAAGCUAACCCAAACCAGUCAGGAUAUGCAGUUCGGAUGGAGAGCACGAUACCAAUGGUGAACCAAGCCCCUCCCAUACAGCCUUUGCAGAUGCGACCUGGAGUUAUGGCACAGCAACCGUGGCCAAGUAGAGGCCAGCAAAUCCUGGUACCAGCCUGGCAGCAAGUGGCUCCUCCUACCUCCUCUAUGGCUUCUGAUAAUGUGGCUGGCCCACAGAGGCUCAGUGACUGGGGGAAAGUACGGCAACACAGCAAUCAUUACACCAACAUGAUGCAGCCAAUUCUAACCAACCAAAUGACCAUAUCCGGUCCACAACCAAUCAACAUUGGUAUUGCACACGUGGUGUGGCCACAGCCGCACGCCAACAAGAGGAACCAGACCAGUCAGAACAGGAGCAUGAACUACUCACACAACAACAGGGACAUCCAAAUCUCAAUGUGCCGAUCUCCAAAGAUGUCCGACCGUGUUAGUAACACAGGAGGAGGCGAUUUGUCCCAUCGGGAGAGGCCUGUGGAGGUUCAGCAGGAAAGAAGUGAAGAAGUGAGCUGCUGUAAGGCAGUGGAGGACGAGCGGAUAGAUAUGUCCCACCAGCAGCGAGAGUCUGCGGUCAUCGAUGACCUACCCAGCCCCACCCUCAGCGUAAUCAGUAUCAGCAGUGACACGGAUGGGGAGGAGGAUUCUUCCUGCAGGUGCAAAGGCGGCUCUGACUGCGAGGCUUGUAAGGGCUCUCUGAACAUGGAGAGGGUGUGCUCCCUCAGCAGCCCAGACAGCACCCUCAGCACCAGCUCCUCUGCCUCGGUGCAGUCCAGCCCGUCCCCCUGCAAGAGGCCCAACAGCAUGUCUGAGGAUGAUGGUCAUGGGAGCGGCUGCGAGACGGUAGACGGUUCCCCCGCCUCGGACUCCAGCCAGAGCCACAGCCCCUACCUGGAGAGCCGCUACCUAGGCAACCACAACCAUCAGUCCCUGGGUAUGACGACGCGUGGCAUGGACCCUGAGAACGAUCCCAGCAAGCUCCCAGUGAGAACCAUGGUGGUGCCCCCUAUGAGGGUGGUGCAGAACAACAACAACAUGGACCAGCACACAGACAGAACGGUCUUCGAAAUCUCGUGCCAGUCCAAAGGGCGUUGCGCCCCCGGACGACUGAACCACCAUUCCACACCUCUCCAUCCCCGGCAGCAACAGAAGAUGACCGCGUUCCAGCAGCAGCCCCUGGGCUUUGGCCAGGUCCAGCAUUACGGCUCCUGCAACAAGGAGUGGAACGGAAACUAUGGGCAGCACCGGCGGCCGCACGCUUACAUCCCUCCCACGGUGCACGGCCAUGCUUUCACCCUCCCCCACAGCAGCCCCACCCACAACUCGGGACACCACCCCCAGGCCGCCCUACUCUCCUACCCUCCCUCGGCGCCCGUCGCCCACCUUCUGGCCUCGCCCUGCGCCCAGCGGCCCGUUCUGCAGCCCACCUACGGCAUUGUCCACCAGGUGACCAUGGGCAUCAACCACCGGCUGCUGCCCUCACCCACCAUCCAUCACCAGGGCCAGUACAAACCCCUCUUUCCACCACACUCCUACAUCGCCUCGCCCGCCUAUACAGGUUUUCCCCUCAGCCCCACCAAACUCAACCAGUACCCUUACAUCUGAGAACCAGCCACCCAGGGCCAUGGGCCAGCAAGGGCAGCCAGCAGUGACAACUACAACCAAGGCCUUCAUCUGUCAUCUCUCAUGUUAUGACGGAUAAAGAAUCCCCUUUGACUUUAACAAAUCAUGUUGGUUGAUGGUGAUGAUAAUAGAAUUGAAACCGUUAGCUUUAAAAAUAUAAUUAAAAAAACAUAAUGGAAAAAGAAUGAAUGAAUCAGUGAAUGAUUAAGAAAUUCUCACUUAAUGUGUUUUUGCACAUUUGCUCUGCUUUGUCAUUUGGAUCGAAUGGUUCUCUCUAUGAAAUGGGUCAAAUGGAGGGUUAGAGGUCGUUUUCUCAACCCCCACUUUUCCUGUUUUUCUGUAUUGCCUUCUAUCUAGCACGUGUGCUAAUCACAUCACUCGUUAAGCCAUCCCAAUCUCCAGUGCUAGGACAGCAGAAGUUUGUCUCCGUUCGUUUGUUGGUUCAUUGUGGUGUAAAGGUGUUAGUGUUUGCUAAUGUCCUCUGUGUUUUCAGUGUGAUACCGUCAGUGGUCUGAAAAGGUUGUUCCACACGCUGCAUGACGUCGCAUGGGCAAAAUAACUUAGUCGAGUCGUUGACAGAUGCUUAGAUGUCACUCUUUCUAUGUGUACUGUGAGACUUGCUGCAUCGUAACUUGUUCCCACACCUACUAGUGCCUUAAAUAUAUGAGGUUGUUAAUGUUACUUAUCGCAUAUAUAUAUAUAUAUAAAUAUAUAAAUGUACUGGACUGCAGCACUUGAAGAUUAUUUUUACUCUGAUAUGCUUAUCAGAUAAUCAAAUAAGUCUUGCUUAUUUGGCCUCAUUGUAUAUUUGAGUAGUUGAGCCUCUUUUACCAGAGGACGCCAGCAUGCUUUGCUGUGGCAAAUGUUUAUUUGGUUUGGACUUUUCCCAAAUGAACUAAUGUACAUAAAACAGAAUUUGAAUGAUUUUAAUAUUUGAUAAUCAAUUUCUAGUCACUUAGUACUUAAUUACUAACAGUAUUGACACUGUUUUUUUGAAACUGCAGUACAAUCUAGAUAUUAGGCGCUGGUUUGCUGUGUUAUGGUUUUUUACAGCCUUUUUCUUAGAUUAAUACUGAUGUGAGGCAUAACGUUGACUAUCGACAAACAUGCAAAUAGUUGGUUGGUUCUUGGUACAGUAUGAUCUCAUUAUCUUCAGAACACCUAUACAGUGUUUGAUAUACCCAUCUAUCAACCUACAGUAUAAUUGCUGGACUAUGUAGUGCUUGACAAGGUGUAUUGGUUGAGUGCAAUUUGCUUUCAUUGUUCCAUUUAAAGAUUUGUCGUCGUCAACUGCUUAGUGCUUAUUUUCUACAUUCCUUCAGGGAGGAAAUAUAUUUUGAAUUUUGUUUUUUAAUUGCUUGCAUGAGCAUUAGAUUUUUGUCUUUCCUUACUUUUCAAAUGCUCUUUCAGCACCAAAGACUAAUUCAUAUCCUAAGCAAGGUAGCUACUCAUUUUCCGUUGACCUCAAGUAUUCUGGAGUCAUCGAGAUGAAAUAUAUUUUAAAAAGGUUUGAGGUUUUAUUUUCAGCAUUUUGGGCAAGUAUGAUUAUAUUAUGUAUUGAAUGUAUCCUAGAUAAGCUGCUAGCUAUGUACUGAUUGCCACAUCAAAAUGAUUAACUUAGUUCUUACUGUGUUCUUACUUUUGUAUAGUUUCAAUUACCAUAUAAUAGAGGUGGAUUUUAUUUUAGUAUAGAGUAUACUUAAUGGCAUUAAGACUUGUUAGUGCCUCUGUAUAUUUGCUUUGACGUUUUGAAGUGCGAUUGUAUCUACUGUAUUGCAAGUAAUGGAAUUUAGCUUUUUUUUUGUGUGUGUGUUUUUUCUUUUGUGUGUGCCUAUAGCAUCAGUAUUUUUAUCUUAUUAAAUAUAGGUUGGGUUCAUCAUUGCAUACAGUAAUUGAUGUGUUGACAAUUUUGUGUUGAUUUUUAGUUAUUGUUCUGUUAACACGCUCAAAAGCCUACAUCUUACUCGCAUUACCAUUGAUUGACAGAUCUGUAUUACCAUGCAGAUAUAUUUACUGCAACACAUCUAUUUGGUCCUUAUCUAAACAUUGGGCUACAGAGAGGCCUUCUUCACAUACGUACUAUUUGUUAUGAAAUGGAUCAGUAAGCACUUGUUCAAAUUUAUUGAACUCUCAAUAUGCUCAUCAGGUUCAGUAUAAGGUAAAAUCCCACACAGUUUUCAUGAAAUUGCUGUGCUCUGUGGACUUUGACUAUAUGAUUUCUUUUUUAGGCAUUUAUUUUAAGCCUAAGAAAAUGUUCUAAACCCACUUUUUGUAUCUAAAGUGGAUUGAGAGGGAUCUUCUACAGAUUAUUCUGACCUAUUCCUAGUUGAUUGACUGAGGCAAAUGUGUGGGAUUUUUCUUCAAUCUUUAAUCCAAACAAGGGGGAUUGUCAAAUGAUGACUGAUCUUUUUCGCUUUCAAAUCUUGCCACUCCUUUUGUAGUUUCAUUACAUUGUGGACUGAGAGAUUUGUUUAAAUUUGUUUACUCACUAGCCCCACAACCCCGGACACACACGGAUGCAUUUUUUUGUCAUUCUGACUGUCUAUAACCAACCUAGUGCCUUUUUAGAUAUGUGGUCCAGAGAAUAACUGUUUGUCGAUAACUCCCUGACCCCUAGGCAGUCCCCUCUCCCGCAGAGGGGUGGCAGUAGAGUCAGAUGUGGACGCUCCUCAACAGAAUAGAGUAUUACACAUCCAAGCGGCAGGAUGUUAGGAUUAAGCAGCCUCUUGUUAUUUCAGGACUUCUGCAGCCUGUCUCCAAAUAUGUUUUACAUGUUUGCCAUCAGUGAGAAAGCAUUCUGCUUCUGGACUCGUGUACAGUGUAAUAGAGCUGACAAAUCCAAUGCAUUCUUCUCUCUUGAGAAGCUCUUAUGGGUGCUGGCUUCUAUCUUCAGAUCACUCAACCCCAAUGCGCAACCUUAGACCAUAUGGUCUGAAUCCAUAAAGCUUUUCUACAGAAUAUAAAAAUACAAAUGUUAUUCUUAGUCAGGGAAUAUUUUUUUACACUCUUCACCCAAGACACAGUUUAUCUCUUAUUGGACAUGCACAAAUGCAAAGCUUUACAUACAAUGUGAAUGUAUAUGUGGAGUUGAACAUAUGGUUUGCGGACUUGACAAAAUAGUUUUGUUUUAGUUUUCGAUUGGCUACAGAGAAUUCUGUUCUGUGUAUAUGAUCAACAUCCAUAUAGCAGCCUUAGUUUUGAUGUAUCACUUGUUGGUAUUUGCUUUAACAUCCCACGUAAAUAUUAGGUCCAAAGUUGUCACAUAUACUGCAAUUGUAUUGUUUUAUGACUUCCUAUAUGAUUCAUUCAGGGUCUUUUGUAUUCUACUGUAUUAACCUUCCAAUCCUUACCACUUUGUUUGAUUGCUUUGGAUCUUUUUUUGCAGUAAUUUCACCUGUUAGCACAAGUUGUAUUUCACUUCAAUUUAUUGGGUAAUAUACGGUAUCUAAACAACACAGCAUAUAGACUUGAUUGUGAAAUUGGAACUGUUACUGGUUUAAUGUGUAGUUUUUGUGGCUUUAUGAUUUUGUUUGCUUUUGAUUUUAUGCUACACUAGUUUGCCAUGUAGCAAAUGCACUGUGCAAUAUAUAUAUAUAUAUAUAUAUAUAUAUAUAUAUAUAUAUAUUAUGAGGACUGGGACAAUUUAUUAUUUUGGAUGUAAUGUCUUUUACAGUUUGCGGUCGUAUUUCUCUCUAGUUCUCAGUGAUUUCAAUGUGACCAAGCAUUAUGUACUUUGUCAUAAAAAGCGGGUUUUCCUGGUGAAUAUUGGCGAGUGUCAAAUUAAGAAUUGGUGUACUAUUGUCAAGAUUCACUUUGAAUAAAAAAAAA